AUGGCUCAGAAAUGUGCGAUUGGUUUGAUCUCAGCUGUAGCAGCUUCCGCUUCUCUCUCGAAAUCGAAUAUGGCUUCUGCUGCUGCAGAUGGACCUCUCACCUUCUCCGGCUUCUCCACUUCUCCGCCUCCUCAGCAGCAGCAGGGAUCUGGGAAAGAAUCUGGCGAAGAAGAAUCUGAUGCUCCUCGACGGAUUCGGAACGAUAAUCCGAGAACGGGUUCCGAUGGAUUCGAUCCUGAGGCUUUGGAGCGAGGCGCAAAGACUGUGAAAGGAAUUAACAACUCUGCUCAUGCCAAAAAGGUAUUUGAAAGGAUUAAGACAGAAGAGGAGACGAGGCAAGCUGAGUUUGCUGCAAAGGCAAAAGAGUUUAAAGCUCUCCAGGCACAAGCUGAAGCUGAAAGGCAAAGGGUGGUAUACGAGGAACAGAAGAAACUUUCUCAACACCAAGCACAAACUAAAGCACAGAUGGCUCGCUAUGAAGAUGAAUUAGCAAGAAAAAGGAUGCAGGCUGAGAAUGAAGCACAGAGAACAAGAAAUCAAGAGCUUGUGAGGAUGCAAGAAGAAUCAGAAAUUAGGCGGGAGGGAGCUCGACGAGCUACUGAGGAAGAGAUUCAAGCACAGAGACGACAAACGGAGAGGGAGAAAGCUGAGAUUGAACGUGAGACAAUCAGGGUCAAAGCCAUGGCUGAAGCUGAAGGGAGGGCUCGUGAGUCCAAGCUUUCUGAAGACGUCAACAGGAGAAUGCUUGUUGAUCGUGCAAAUGCAGAAAGAGAAAAAUGGGUUUCUGCCAUAAAUACUACAUUCGAUCACAUUGGAGGGGGCUUGCGUAUGAUUCUAACUGAUCAGAAUAAGCUGAUUGUUGCUGUUGGAGGUAUCACUGCUCUUGCAGCUGGGAUCUACACAACCAGAGAAGGUGCCAAGGUUAUCUGGAGCUAUGUGGAUAGAGUCUUAGGGCAACCUUCUCUAAUUAGAGAAUCAUCGAGAGGAAAGUACCCUUGGUCUGGUUCGGUUUCUCGUGCAUUGGCCACGUUGAAGGGUGGUGGUAAGGAAUCUGCAUCGACAAAUGGAAAAGGGUUUGGUGAUGUUAUUUUGCAUCCUUCUCUUCAGAAGAGAAUCGAACAGUUAGCUAGUGCAACUGCCAACACAAAAUCCCACCAAGCACCUUUUCGAAAUAUGCUUUUCUACGGUCCUCCAGGAACCGGGAAGACAAUGGCUGCCCGUGAGCUGGCUCGUAAAUCUGGUCUGGAUUAUGCAUUGAUGACAGGUGGAGAUGUUGCUCCACUUGGAGCUCAGGCUGUUACAAAGAUACACCAACUGUUUGACUGGUCCAAAAAAUCUAAGAGGGGUUUGUUGCUCUUCAUCGAUGAAGCCGAUGCAUUCCUGUGCGAGCGGAACAAAACAUACAUGAGUGAAGCCCAAAGGAGUGCACUAAACGCACUCCUCUUCCGCACAGGUGAUCAGUCCAAAGACAUAGUCCUAGCGCUAGCCACAAACCGACCUGGCGAUCUAGACUCAGCAGUGGCUGACCGUGUUGAUGAGACUCUUGAGUUCCCCUUGCCAGGAGAAGAAGAGCGCUUCAAGCUUCUAAACCUCUACCUGGACAAGUACAUUACCAAGACUAAUCUUAAAAAGCCUGGUUUGCUCCAAAGCCUUUUCAAGAAAGACCAGCUGAAGAUUGAGGUAAAAGGCAUCACAGAGGAUCUCCUGAAAGAAGCGGCCGCGAAAACAAAAGGUUUUUCAGGUAGAGAGAUAGCUAAGUUGAUGGCGAGCGUUCAAGCGGCUGUAUAUGGAAGCGCGGAGUGCUUGUUGGACGCAAACCUUUUCAGAGAGGUGAUUGAUUACAAAGUCGCUGAGCAUCAACAGAGAAAGAAACUAGCAGGAACUGAUACAGGUAACAAGAAAUGA